AAAUGUGGAACCUCUUUUCAACAGCUUGGCCUUGCAGCAAUACAUUCUUUUAUGCUCACAGGUGUGAUGUGAACCUCUUGUUGGCGACAUUAUGUACUUGUACCAUUCAAACCCGUGAAGGAAGUAUAGUUAAAGCUCUUGAUUGUAAUGCUACUGUGGCUAGUCGGGAUGCAUUAGCAAAGACAGUUUAUGCUCGAUUGUUUGAUUGGCUUGUUGAUAAGCUUAAUAUAUCCGUGGGGCAAGAUCCAAAUUCCCAUGUGCAAAUUGGAGUUUUGGACAUCUAUGGAUUUGAAUGCUUUAAGCAUAAUAGAUUAUGACCCCCUCUCUCACAAGCAUGCUGGCUAGGAAAUAUGUUCCAGUAGAUGUUGCUACACUGCUAAACUCAACACUCUAGAUGAAUUCUUUUGUCGCAUAACUUUUCUUUUCUCCAAAUAUUGUUCAUUCCUUGUGGUUAGUACUUAACCAGACCAUUACCCCAGGUGGUCUAAAUGAUGUUACA